UUAAUUGUGAAAAUGCAGAUUCUGAAAUGUUCAGUGCGGUUAGUGAAGUUAUUCUCAAAUAUUCCUAAAUCAUUAGUUAGUAGUUCAACCAAAGGACGGAAUUACAGUGAAAAUGGAUUAAGUUACUUUCACAAAGUUGGGAAAGAACCUCUGGUUUACCGAACAAUUGGUCAGCAAUUGACGCAUCUUGCAAACAAGAAUGGUGAUCGUGAAGCAAUUGUGGCCAUUGAGGAGAACAGGCGGUUAACGUUUAAUCAACUUCAGCUAGAAGCUGAUCACUUAGCAGCUGGACUUCAGCGUCUGGGAUUGCAAAGAGGUGAUAGAAUUGGUAUAUGGGCACCGCAAAUUAUAGCCUGGCCCGUGGUCUUAUAUGCUGCUGCAAGAGCUGGACUCAUCCUUGUUACGCUCAAUCCAGCCUACGAGGCAACAGAAUUGGAAUUCUGUCUCCGAAGUGUUGGAGUUAAGGCUCUAGUUGCAGCAGAUAGCUUCCGUGGGAAGUCCUAUCAUGAAAAACUCCUAGAAAUAAUCCCUGAACUCACUUCAACUAAGUCCGGAAGAAUUCAGAGCAGCAAACUACCAGACUUAACGACAAUUCUUAUUGAUUCUGAAAAAAACUACGACGGGACGUUUCGAUUGGGUGAUAUACUGGCUCUGCCAACGACCUCCGAAGUGCUCAAUAUUGAAGAUCAGCAAACUAAAAUUAGUCCCGAUAGUGGUUGCAACAUUCAGUUCACAUCGGGGACAACGGGGAAACCUAAGGCUGCUCUACUAAAUCACUACGGCUUCGUCAAUAAUGCCAUAGGCGUUGCAACUUUGGAGCUUGAAAGUACAAUUGUAUGCAAUCAAAUGCCAUUCUUUCAUAUUACUGGAGCAUUGGGUGUAAUAGUGGGUGUACUAUCUGCAAAUGCAACUAUUGUUAUUCCUUCCAUUGCGUACAACUCCGAAAAGUCCUUGUAUGCUAUUCAAAAUGAAGCCUGCAACGUAGUUAAUGGUACACCUGCUAUGUACGUUGAUAUGAUCAAUAAGCAGAAGAAAAUGAAGUUAAAGAUUAAACCAGAUAUUGCUGUAUCUGCUGGAGCUACAUGUCCUGUGCAGUUACUUAAGGAUAUGAAGAAGGAGAUAGGCUUCAAGAAAGUUAAGAUCGCCUAUGGUAUGACGGAGACAGGAAUAACCUUCAACACAAGGCCAGAAGAUGAAGAUGAUCAAACUUACGAAAGAGUUGGACGAAUUCAGGAUCAUAUUGAAGUGAAAGUGAUUGACAAGAGUGGAAAUAUCGUACCGUUUGGUGUUGCAGGUGAACUCUGUAUUCGUGGAUACUCCAACAUGGUCGGCUACUGGGGCAAUAACCUAAUAGACGACGGUUCACACAGAACAGAUGGAUGGUUUAGGACAGGAGACAAUUUUGUUCUUCAUCCCAAUGGAUACGGUCAAAUUGUGGGCAGACUAAAGGAAUUAAUCAUCAGAGGAGGAGAAAACAUUUAUCCGCAGGAAAUUGAAAAUCUCCUCGCUACAGUUCCACAAAUUUCCGAAGUUCAAAUAAUCGGCGUUCCAGAUGAACGUCUAGGGGAAGAAGUCUGUGCCUACAUCAGACUUCAUCAAGGAUAUGAGUCAUUGACAGUUGAAGAAGUUCGUGACUUCUGCAAUGGAAAAAUUGCUCACUUCAAAAUACCCCGCUACGUUAGGAUUGUCAAGGAUUUCCCAAGAACCCAAUCAGGGAAGGUACAAAAGUUCAAACUUGUUGAGAUGUUUUUGCAAAAAUAAA